GCAAUCGAGCAUGGAUCGUUCGAGGAGCAGCCUCUGUCAAAUAAACGAGGAGUAGGAAGAUGGCAUCCACCGAGCAACCGGAUUCACCAACACAGCCCGGCCUUCAACCCGGAGAUAGUGGGGCAGCUCCCCCCAGAGAAACGCUGAUUACCACUGCUGUAAAAUUCCUACAGAACACGAAAGUUCGUCAGAGUCCUUUGGCUACCAGAAAAACUUUUCUGAAGAAAAAAGGACUUACAGAUGAAGAGGUAGAGUUGGCCAUCCAGCGUUCUGGCAGCACAGAAGAAGUCCUGCCUCUGAACCCUGUAGCGGUCCCACAUCCACUCCAUGCAACCCAGCUGGUUCCUGUACCUCAGAGUUCAGCAGGCUACAGAUGGAGGGACUAUGGUGCCCUCACCAUCAUUAUGGUGGGCAUAGCCUUUGGCUUUCAUCAGCUUUACAAGAAAUACAUCCUUCCCCUCAUUAUGGGCAGGCGAGACGACAAGAAGCAUCUGCAGAGGAUGGAGAGCAACAUUGCGGCAAUGAGUGGCACGCUGACACAGACAGUAAGCCAGCUGCAGCAGACCCUGGGAUCAAUCCAGGAGCUCCUGAUCCAGCAGCAGCAAAGAAUGCAAGAGCUCUCACAGGAACUGACUACAGUAGAGGCAACAUCUUCAACCAACCGCAUCCUGGACAACCAAACAAUUGGAGAGCUGAAGCAAGAACUUGCCUCUUUGAAGGGCUUACUACUCAGCAGGAGACAAUUCCCCUCUACCCCCUCUAUUCCUAAAAUUCCCUCAUGGCAAAUUCCUCUGAAGCCACCUUCAGCACCCAGCUCGCCUUCGAUUAACCACACCAACAGCAGCAGUGACAUCUCUCCUGUCAGUAAUGAGUCUGCCAACUCCUCCCCCGUCAAAGAUGGACACCACAACCCCCAGGAUGCACUGGGAGGACCUGAUGGAGCUCUUGGUAUUAACGGAGAUGCCAGCAUUAUCAACCUCGGCACAGUGUUGCCCCUGGACUUGAAGGACCAGGUCCGCAUGGAGGUGCAAGGGGAGGAGGAGCGGAAGGAGGAGGAUGAUGUCAGCCACGUCGAGGAGGAGGAGGAGGGCCUAAGCAUGCAGACAGAGGAUCGGCGAGGUGGAGACGGACAGAUUAAUGAACAGGUGGACAAACUGAGGCGACCCGAGGGUGCCAGCAAUGAGAGCGAGGUGGAUUAGACCGCAGUACAAAGCACAAAAACACUCUCCAAACACCACUUCCUAUUUCUGCUGAUGGCUUUGUUUCAAUCUGCUGCUCUCUACUCGCACUCAUCAUGUUUGUUUAAAAAAAAAAAAAAAUUUAUAAUAAUUCUCUCUUCACCGUCUGUUUCCACUUGUUUCCAUAACAUCUUAAUCUUGAGCAAAAUGAGGAGUAGGCAUGGGCGUGAUAAGACGCAAAACUGACAAAUAUUGUCUAGUUGACACAUGGCUUACCUCAAUUUACUUUUCAUCAUGCAAACUAAAUGACGGCACGCAGAGCUGAGUACCAUUUUGUGACUGUACUGACAAAUGAUAAGAAAUAGUCAAAUCAGGAGUUAAAAAAGCUGUACGCUGAACUCACGCAUGUGACUUUUAAUUUCCAUGAUUUGAUCAGAUAAUACACAGCUUUGCAUUGGUGGUGUAGUAAUUGCUCUAAUUGUAUCUUUCAUACACAGACCAAAGAGGCAAUGCUGCAGAGAAUAGCUCUGCCGUACGGUGCAGCUGUAGGUCAGGAGUCAUAUGUUGGUGCUUCAGUCAAAGUUACUGUGAGCUUCCAGAGAAGCAUUAACACAGUUUGUCUCCCUGGUGAUGGCAAUAGGGGAGGACAAGUUCUUCCAGGGCCACAGCUUUUAGCCUCUUUUAUGUGUCCUUUCGCAUUGGUGUCAGUCUGUCAAUAAUUCACAAGGCCAGCAGGGUGGCAUUUGGGUGAAAUAAAAGCCCUGAAAUUUGAGAUUAGAAUGUGAUGACGGGCUUUGUUCCAUGCCGGUGUCAGAGUGUUCAUAGGCUCAAAGGAGGGGAAGAUAAAUGUUUUUUCCCCCGCUUUGCUUUUUCACUGAGGGCUGAAUUGCACAUCUCUGUGCAUGCGCUCGUGCGAGGCAGGCAAGAGAAACCAGGUUGUCUGCUGAGCUGUAUCUGUGUCUCCAGCAGGGCAGCUGAUUUGGUUUGUGAAGUAUGUUAAUAAUCAAAUGAUCAACAAAUAACAGAUGUAUUAGUUCAUGCAGCUUGAAAUGUCAAGGAGGCUAAAAGAGGAAAUCUAAUACAGAAAGCCCAGUUGCAUUGUAUUAUUUUCCGUGACAAACCCUCGGGUCCAAAUUAUGUAUGGCCUCCUACAGUGAAUAAUCUUUACAGAAAACCACCACCGAUAUUUUGUAAUUAAGCUGCAAUAAGACAACAAGGGCUGCCACAGAUGGAAGUUGCAGAACUCACUUGUUUCGACUCGGUGUGGAGGUGGAUGGGGGAAGUUAGAAAAAAAAAAAAUUGCCCCAUGAUUGAAAAGGAAAGCAAUGAAUGAAUACUUGACUUAUUGAAUUACUCACUGUCUCCAGCUAACAAGAAGAGUCCAUGAGUGAGAAGGAGGGAUAUCAGCUCUCGUGCCAUUUCCACCUCCAACACAUGGCCGCCAUAGGAACACAGAAAAGGUAGAUGGACUCUGAACAUUUCUGUGCGACACCAAGUUCUUGUCUACACGUGGCUUUUUAGUUAUGUUCAUUUAGUUCAUGUGAAAUGCUAACAACAGUGCAGCAUCCUGUAAAUUGUAUUUUUUAUUUAGUAGAAAUGAAUUUGAAUGGGUAAAUAAUUGUGGUCUCAAGACAUUCAGACUCAUGUGGUGUAAUUUAUGCUUCUGUGGUUUCAGUCCUCUCUAAGUUUCUGACCAAUGGUUAAGUGUUAGCCACAAUACACCACUGUUAUAAAUUUGGGUUAUAUUUAUUCUACAUUAAAUGAAAACGUCUGACAAAUCUAAUAUUACUGUAAUUUUAUCUCUAUUUUGUACAUUUCUUGCAUUCAGUUACAUCUUUUUCUUGGAGCCACAUAAGUUUAUUUUGAGACAUACACAUCUUAGUACUUGACUUCUGUUAAAAACUGCUGAUUGUAAAUUCUAAUUGAAUAGCGUGUACCUACUUUGUAUGUACGUCAUUUCAAUUAACAUUAAAGAAAAUGAAAAUGA